AUGGUGAAAUCAUUUUUAAUUUUACUGUUCCUUAUUGGAGCAGUAACUGCCUUCGGUGAUCAUUCCGAGUCAUCAUGUGAAGAGCAAUCUGAACACGAACUCGUUUGCUCUGAAGAAAUUAUGGAUAAAGUUAAAAAGGAGCAUCCUGAUAUGUUCCCACCACCUCCAAAGAAGAAAAUCGCAGCCAUGGAAACUACAGCAACACCACCAGAAAGGCCUGAAAGACCAGAAGGUCCUGAGGGUCCUGUAGAUGGUGACUAUGAGUACUACGAUGAAUAUUACGACGAUGACUAUUACGAUCAGUAUUAUGGCGAUGACGAUUACGCAUACGAGUACGAGUAUGAAUAUGAGGACGAGACUGCAUCCAGUAUAGCUCCAAAAGGAAAGAAAGGUAAAGAGGAGAAAAGUCUAGAAUAUGUAGAGGAAGAUACAACAGAAGAAGAAUCUGAUGAAAAUACAGCAACUUCAGAGGAAAACGAAAGCAAAUCGGAUGAAAUCAUAAAGAAGAAAAAGAAAAACAAAGAAAAGUCAAAUGAUGAUAAUGAUGAAUCAGAAGAAGGAAAAGGCUCAGAUUCUGAAGAAAAUAAACCACAUUCAAGUGAGGAAAAAACACCAGCAUUAAAAUGCGAAGGUAAAAUGCGAGCUAAAGAAGCUAAUGACUGUGCAAAAGCAAAAGGAAAAUUUGAUGAAGAAACUUGCAAGUGCUCUAAACCUUCAAUACCAAAUCAAGACACGAAAGAAGAAGAUGAAACAAAACCAGUAAAAUCAGACGAAAAGAAAAAUUUAUCAGACGAAAACGAAAAUAAAGAUAAAUCAAAUGAAAAACCAAUUAAGAAAUCAAAAACAAAUUCAAAAUCAAGCUCAAAGUCUGUUUCAAGGAAAUCUAAAAGAAGCGAUUCUACAUCAAAAUCAAGAAAAUCUUCACAAAGACCAGAAAAAUGUGAAAGUACAAUGAGAAGAGCUGAAACUGAAAGAUGUGCUAAACUAAAAGGUAGAUUCAUUGCUAGUAAAUGUAAAUGCAUUUCAAAACCAAGCAACUCAGCAACAAGACCUGAAAAACCAGAAAGUUCCGAAAAUGAAAUAGAUUAUCAAACAACAUGCCUUGAAUCUAGUGAAAGUGAAGAAACAACAACACAAUCAACAGAUCAAACAACAUGUUUGGAAUCUGAAGAAAGUAAUGAAACUUCAGAAGAUGGCAUUUGUAAGGGCCAAAUGAGAAAGAUCAAGGAAGAAAAAUGUGAAAGAAUUAAUGGUAAAUUCAAUCCUGAAACUUGUGAAUGCACAAAGGAAACAACAACUAAAGCUCCAACCACAACUCGAGAUGAGUCGACGGAAGAAACUGGUAAAUGUGAUGGCAAGAUGAGAAAGAUCAAGGAAGAAAAAUGUGAAAGAAUUAAUGGUAAAUUCAAUCCUGAAACUUGUGAAUGCACAAAGGAAACAACAACUAAAGCUCCAACCACAACUCGAGAUGAGUCGACAGAAGAAACUGGUGAAUGUGAUGGCAAGAUGAGAAAGAUCAAGGAAGCAAAAUGUGAAAGAAUUAAUGGUAAAUUCAAUCCUGAAACUUGUGAAUGCACAAAGGAAACAACAACUAAAGCUCCAACCACAACUCGAGAUGAGUCGACAGAAGAAACUGGUGAAUGUGAUGACAAGAUGAGAAAGAUCAAGGAAGAAAAAUGUGAAAGAAUUAAUGGUACAUUCAAUCCUGAAACUUGUGAAUGCACAAAGGAAACAACAACUAAAGCUCCAACCACAACUCGAGAUGAGUCGACAGAAGAAACUGGUGAAUGUGAUGACAAGAUGAGAAAGAUCAAAGAAGAAAAAUGUGAAAGAAUUAAUGGUAAAUUCAAUCCUGAAACUUGUGAAUGCACAAAGGAAACAACAACUAAAGCUCCAACCACAACUCGAGAUGAGUCGACGGAAGAAACUGGUGAAUGUGAUGGCAAGAUGAGAAAGAUCAAGGAAGAAAAAUGUGAAAGAAUUAAUGGUAAAUUCAAUCCUGAAACUUGUGAAUGCACAAAGGAAACAACAACUAAAGCUCCAACCACAACUCGAGAUGAGUCGACAGAAGAAACUGGUGAAUGUGAUGGCAAGAUGAGAAAGAUCAAGGAAGAAAAAUGUGAAAGAAUUAAUGGUAAAUUCAAUCCUGAAACUUGUGAAUGCACAAAGGAAACAACAACCAAAGCUCCAACCACAACUCGAGAUGAGUCGACAGAAGAAACUGGUGAAUGUGAUGGCAAGAUGAGAAAGAUCAAGGAAGAAAAAUGUGAAAGAAUUAAUGGUAAAUUCAAUCCUGAAACUUGUGAAUGCACAAAGGAAACAACAACUAAAGCUCCAACCACAACUCGAGAUGAGUCGACAGAAGAAACUGGUGAAUGUGAUGGCAAGAUGAGAAAGAUCAAGGAAGAAAAAUGUGAAAGAAUUAAUGGUAAAUUCAAUCCUGAAACUUGUGAAUGCACAAAGGAAACAACAACUAAAGCUCCAACCACAACUCGAGAUGAGUCGACAGAAGAAACUGGUGAAUGUGAUGGCAAGAUGAGAAAGAUCAAGGAAGAAAAAUGUGAAAGAAUUAAUGGUAAAUUCAAUCCUGAAACUUGUGAGUGCACAAAGGAAACAACAACCAAAGCUCCAACCACAACUCGAGAUGAGUCGACAGAUGAAACUGGUGAAUGUGAUGACAAGAUGAGAAAGAUCAAGGAAGAAAAAUGUGAAAGAAUUAAUGGUAAAUUCAAUCCUGAAACUUGUGAAUGCACAAAGGAAACAACAACUAAAGCUCCAACCACAACUCGAGAUGAGUCGACAGAAGAAACUGGUGAAUGUGAUGACAAGAUGAGAAAGAUCAAAGAAGAAAAAUGUGAAAGAAUUAAUGGUAAAUUCAAUCCUGAAACUUGUGAAUGCACAAAGGAAACAACAACUAAAGCUCCAACCACAACUCGAGAUGAGUCGACAGAAGAAACUGGUGAAUGUGAUGACAAGAUGAGAAAGAUCAAGGAAGAAAAAUGUGAAAGAAUUAAUGGUAAAUUCAAUCCUGAAACUUGUGAAUGCACAAAGGAAACAACAACUAAAGCUCCAACCACAACUCGAGAUGAGUCGACAGAAGAAACUGGUGAAUGUGAUGACAAGAUGAGAAAGAUCAAGGAAGAGAAAUGUGAAAGAAUUAAUGGUAAAUUCAAUCCUGAAACUUGUGAAUGCACAAAGGAAACAACAACUAAAGCUCCAACCACAACUCGAGAUGAGUCAACAGAAGAAACUGGUGAAUGUGAUGGCAAGAUGAGAAAGAUCAAGGAAGAAAAAUGUGAAAGAAUUAAUGGUACAUUCAAUCCUGAAACUUGUGAAUGCACAAAGGAAACAACAACUAAAGCUCCAACCCGAGAUGAGUCGACAGAAGAAACUGGUGAAUGUGAUGACAAGAUGAGAAAGAUCAAGGAAGAAAAAUGUGAAAGAAUUAAUGGUAAAUUCAAUCCUGAAACUUGUGAAUGCACAAAGGAAACAACAACUAAAGCUCCAACCACAACUCGAGAUGAGUCGACAGAAGAAACUGGUGAAUGUGAUGGCAAGAUGAGAAAGAUCAAGGAAGAAAAAUGUGAAAGAAUUAAUGGUAAAUUCAAUCCUGGAACUUGUGAAUGCACAAAGGAAACAACAACUAAAGCUCCAACCACAACUCGAGAUGAGUCAACAGAAGAAACUGGUGAAUGUGAUGACAAGAUGAGAAAGAUCAAAGAAGAAAAAUGUGAAAGAAUUAAUGGUAAAUUCAAUCCUGAAACUUGUGAAUGCACAAAGGAAACAACAACUAAAGCUCCAACCACAACUCGAGAUGAGUCGACAGAAGAAACUGGUGAAUGUGAUGGCAAGAUGAGAAAGAUCAAGGAAGAAAAAUGUGAAAGAAUUAAUGGUAAAUUCAAUCCUGAAACUUGUGAAUGCACAAAGGAAACAACAACUAAAGCUCCAACCACAACUCGAGAUGAGUCGACAGAAGAAACUGGUGAAUGUGAUGGCAAGAUGAGAAAGAUCAAGGAAGCAAAAUGUGAAAGAAUUAAUGGUAAAUUCAAUCCUGAAACUUGUGAAUGCACAAAGGAAACAACAACUAAAGCUCCAACCACAACUCGAGAUGAGUCGACAGAAGAAACUGGUGAAUGUGAUGGCAAGAUGAGAAAGAUCAAGGAAGAAAAAUGUGAAAGAAUUAAUGGUAAAUUCAAUCCUGAAACUUGUGAAUGCACAAAGGAAACAACAACUAAAGCUCCAACCACAACUCGAGAUGAGUCGACAGAAGAAACUGGUGAAUGUGAUGACAAGAUGAGAAAGAUCAAAGAAGAAAAAUGUGAAAGAAUUAAUGGUAAAUUCAAUCCUGAAACUUGUGAAUGCACAAAGGAAACAACAACCAAAGCUCCAACCACAACUCGAGAUGAGUCGACAGAAGAAACUGGUGAAUGUGAUGGCAAGAUGAGAAAGAUCAAGGAAGAAAAAUGUGAAAGAAUUAAUGGUAAAUUCAAUCCUGAAACUUGUGAAUGCACAAAGGAAACAACAACUAAAGCUCCAACCACAACUCGAGAUGAGUCGACAGAAGAAACUGGUGAAUGUGAUGGCAAGAUGAGAAAGAUCAAGGAAGAAAAAUGUGAAAGAAUUAAUGGUAAAUUCAAUCCUGAAACUUGUGAAUGCACAAAGGAAACAACAACCAAAGCUCCAACCACAACUCGAGAUGAGUCGACAGAAGAAACUGGUGAAUGUGAUGGCAAGAUGAGAAAGAUCAAGGAAGAAAAAUGUGAAAGAAUUAAUGGUAAAUUCAAUCCUGAAACUUGUGAAUGCACAAAGGAAACAACAACCAAAGCUCCAACCACAACUCGAGAUGAGUCGACAGAAGAAACUGGUGAAUGUGAUGGCAAGAUGAGAAAGAUCAAGGAAGAAAAAUGUGAAAGAAUUAAUGGUAAAUUCAAUCCUGAAACUUGUGAAUGCACAAAGGAAACAACAACUAAAGCUCCAACCACAACUCGAGAUGAGUCGACAGAAGAAACUGGUGAAUGUGAUGGCAAGAUGAGAAAGAUCAAGGAAGAAAAAUGUGAAAGAAUUAAUGGUAAAUUCAAUCCUGAAACUUGUGAAUGCACAAAGGAAACAACAACUAAAGCUCCAACCACAACUCGAGAUGAGUCGACAGAAGAAACUGGUGAAUGUGAUGGCAAGAUGAGAAAGAUCAAGGAAGAAAAAUGUGAAAGAAUUAAUGGUAAAUUCAAUCCUGAAACUUGUGAAUGCACAAAGGAAACAACAACUAAAGCUCCAACCACAACUCGAGAUGAGUCGACAGAAGAAACUGGUGAAUGUGAUGGCAAGAUGAGAAAGAUCAAGGAAGAAAAAUGUGAAAGAAUUAAUGGUAAAUUCAAUCCUGAAACUUGUGAAUGCACAAAGGAAACAACAACCAAAGCUCCAACCACAACUCGAGAUGAGUCGACAGAAGAAACUGGUGAAUGUGAUGGCAAGAUGAGAAAGAUCAAGGAAGAAAAAUGUGAAAGAAUUAAUGGUAAAUUCAAUCCUGAAACUUGUGAAUGCACAAAGGAAACAACAACUAAAGCUCCAACCACAACUCGAGAUGAGUCGACAGAAGAAACUGGUGAAUGUGAUGGCAAGAUGAGAAAGAUCAAGGAAGAAAAAUGUGAAAGAAUUAAUGGUAAAUUCAAUCCUGAAACUUGUGAAUGCACAAAGGAAACAACAACUAAAGCUCCAACCACAACUCGAGAUGAGUCGACAGAAGAAACUGGUGAAUGUGAUGGCAAGAUGAGAAAGAUCAAGGAAGAAAAAUGUGAAAGAAUUAAUGGUAAAUUCAAUCCUGAAACUUGUGAGUGCACAAAGGAAACAACAACCAAAGCUCCAACCACAACUCGAGAUGAGUCGACAGAAGAAACUGGUGAAUGUGAUGGCAAGAUGAGAAAGAUCAAGGAAGAAAAAUGUGAAAGAAUUAAUGGUAAAUUCAAUCCUGAAACUUGUGAAUGCACAAAGGAAACAACAACUAAAGCUCCAACCACAACUCGAGAUGAGUCGACAGAAGAAACUGGUGAAUGUGAUGACAAGAUGAGAAAGAUCAAAGAAGAAAAAUGUGAAAGAAUUAAUGGUAAAUUCAAUCCUGAAACUUGUGAAUGCACAAAGGAAACAACAACUAAAGCUCCAACCACAACUCGGGAUGAGUCGACAGAAGAAACUGGUGAAUGUGAUGACAAGAUGAGAAAGAUCAAAGAAGAAAAAUGUGAAAGAAUUAAUGGUAAAUUCAAUCCUGAAACUUGUGAAUGCACAAAGGAAACAACAACUAAAGCUCCAACCACAACUCGAGAUGAGUCGACAAAAGAAACUGGUGAAUGUGAUGACAAGAUGAGAAAGAUCAAGGAAGAAAAAUGUGAAAGAAUUAAUGGUAAAUUCAAUCCUGAAACUUGUGAAUGCACAAAGGAAACAACAACUAAAGCUCCAACCACAACUCGAGAUGAGUCGACAGAAGAAACUGGUGAAUGUGAUGACAAGAUGAGAAAGAUCAAGGAAGAGAAAUGUGAAAGAAUUAAUGGUAAAUUCAAUCCUGAAACUUGUGAAUGCACAAAGGAAACAACAACUAAAGCUCCAACCACAACUCGAGAUGAGUCAACAGAAGAAACUGGUGAAUGUGAUGGCAAGAUGAGAAAGAUCAAGGAAGAAAAAUGUGAAAGAAUUAAUGGUACAUUCAAUGCUGAAACUUGUGAAUGCACAAAGGAAACAACAACUAAAGCUCCAACCACAACUCGAGAUGAGUCGACAGAAGAAACUGGUGAAUGUGAUGGCAAGAUGAGAAAGAUCAAGGAAGAAAAAUGUGAAAGAAUUAAUGGUAAAUUCAAUCCUGAAACUUGUGAAUGCACAAAGGAAACAACAACCAAAGCUCCAACCACAACUCGAGAUGAGUCGACAGAAGAAACUGGUGAAUGUGAUGGCAAGAUGAGAAAGAUCAAGGAAGAAAAAUGUGAAAGAAUUAAUGGUAAAUUCAAUCAUGAAACUUGUGAAUGCACAAAGGAAACAACAACUAAAGCUCCAACCACAACUCAAGAUGAGUCGACAGAAGAAACUGGUGAAUGUGAUGACAAGAUGAGAAAGAUCAAGGAAGAAAAAUGUGAAAGAAUUAAUGGUAAAUUCAAUCCUGAAACUUGUGAAUGCACAAAGGAAACAACAACUAAAGCUCCAACCACAACUCGUGAUGAGUCAACAGAAGAAACUGGUGAAUGUGAUGGCAAGAUGAGAAAGAUCAAGGAAGAAAAAUGUGAAAGAAUUAAUGGUAAAUUCAAUCCUGAAACUUGUGAAUGCACAAAGGAAACAACAACUAAAGCUCCAACCACAACUCGAGAUGAGUCGACAGAAGAAACUGGUGAAUGUGAUGACAAGAUGAGAAAGAUCAAAGAAGAAAAAUGUGAAAGAAUUAAUGGUAAAUUCAAUCCUGAAACUUGUGAAUGCACAAAAGAAACAACAACUAAAGCUCCAACCACAACUCGAGAUGAGUCGACAGAAGAAACUGGUGAAUGUGAUGGCAAGAUGAGAAAGAUCAAGGAAGAAAAAUGUGAAAGAAUUAAUGGUAAAUUCAAUCCUGAAACUUGUGAAUGCACAAAGGAAACAACAACUAAAGCUCCAACCACAACUCGAGAUGAGUCGACAGAAGAAACUGGUGAAUGUGAUGACAAGAUGAGAAAGAUCAAGGAAGAAAAAUGUGAAAGAAUUAAUGGUAAAUUCAAUCCUGAAACUUGUGAAUGCACAAAGGAAACAACAACUAAAGCUCCAACCACAACUCGGGAUGAGUCGACAGAAGAAACUGGUGAAUGUGAUGACAAGAUGAGAAAGAUCAAAGAAGAAAAAUGUGAAAGAAUUAAUGGUAAAUUCAAUCCUGAAACUUGUGAAUGCACAAAGGAAACAACAACUAAAGCUCCAACCACAACUCGAGAUGAGUCGACAGAAGAAACUGGUGAAUGUGAUGACAAGAUGAGAAAGAUCAAGGAAGAAAAAUGUGAAAGAAUUAAUGGUAAAUUCAAUCCUGAAACUUGUGAGUGCACAAAGGAAACAACAACUAAAGCUCCAACCACAACUCGAGAUGAGUCGACAGAAGAAACUGGUGAAUGUGAUGACAAGAUGAGAAAGAUCAAGGAAGAAAAAUGUGAAAGAAUUAAUGGUAAAUUCAAUCCUGAAACUUGUGAAUGCACAAAGGAAACAACAACUAAAGCUCCAACCACAACUCGAGAUGAGUCGACAGAAGAAACUGGUGAAUGUGAUGACAAGAUGAGAAAGAUCAACGAAGAAAAAUGUGAAAGAAUUAACGGUAAAUUCAAUCCUGAAACUUGUGAAUGCACAAAGGAAACAACAACUAAAGCUCCAACCACAACUCGAGAUGAGUCGACAGAAGAAACUGGUGAAUGUGAUGACAAGAUGAGAAAGAUCAAGGAAGAGAAAUGUGAAAGAAUUAAUGGUAAAUUCAAUCCUGAAACUUGUGAAUGCACAAAGGAAACAACAACUAAAGCUCCAACCACAACUCGAGAUGAGUCGACAGAAGAAACUGGUGAAUGUGAUGACAAGAUGAGAAAGAUCAAGGAAGAAAAAUGUGAAAGAAUUAAUGGUAAAUUCAAUCCUGAAACUUGUGAAUGCACAAAGGAAACAACAACUAAAGCUCCAACCACAACUCGAGAUGAGUCGACAGAAGAAACUGGUGAAUGUGAUGACAAGAUGAGAAAGACCAAGGAAGAAAAAUGUGAAAGAAUUAAUGGUAAAUUCAAUCCUGAAACUUGUGAGUGCACAAAGGAAACAACAACUAAAGCUCCAACCACAACUCGAGAUGAGUCGACAGAAGAAACUGGUGAAUGUGAUGACAAGAUGAGAAAGAUCAAGGAAGAAAAAUGUGAAAGAAUUAAUGGUAAAUUCAAUCCUGAAACUUGUGAAUGCACAAAGGAAACAACAACUAAAGCUCCAACCACAACUCGAGAUGAGUCGACAGAAGAAACUGGUGAAUGUGAUGACAAGAUGAGAAAGAUCAAGGAAGAAAAAUGUGAAAGAAUUAAUGGUAAAUUCAAUCCUGAAACUUGUGAAUGCACAAAGGAAACAACAACUAAAGCUCCAACCACAACUCGAGAUGAGUCGACAGAAGAAACUGGUGAAUGUGAUGACAAGAUGAGAAAGAUCAAGGAAGAAAAAUGUGAAAGAAUUAAUGGUAAAUUCAAUCCUGAAACUUGUGAAUGCACAAAGGAAACAACAACUAAAGCUCCAACUACAACUCGAGAUGAGUCGACAGAAGAAACUGGUGAAUGUGAUGACAAGAUGAGAAAGAUCAAGGAAGAGAAAUGUGAAAGAAUUAAUGGUAAAUUCAAUCCUGAAACUUGUGAAUGCACAAAGGAAACAACAACUAAAGCUCCAACCACAACUCGAGAUGAGUCGACAGAAGAAACUGGUGAAUGUGAUGUCAAGAUGAGAAAGAUCAAGGAAGAAAAAUGUGAAAGAAUUAAUGGUAAAUUCAAUCCUGAAACUUGUGAAUGCACAAAGGAAACAACAACUAAAGCUCCAACUACAACUCGAGAUGAGUCGACAGAAGAAACUGGUGAAUGUGAUGACAAGAUGAGAAAGAUCAAGGAAGAAAAAUGUGAAAGAAUUAAUGGUAAAUUCAAUCCUGAAACUUGUGAAUGCACAAAGGAAACAACAACUAAAGCUCCAACCACAACUCGAGAUGAGUCGACAGAAGAAACUGGUGAAUGUGAUGACAAGAUGAGAAAGAUCAAGGAAGAAAAAUGUGAAAGAAUUAAUGGUAAAUUCAAUCCUGAAACUUGUGAAUGCACAAAGGAAACAACAACUAAAGCUCCAACCACAACUCGAGAUGAGUCGACAGAAGAAACUGGUGAAUGUGAUGACAAGAUGAGAAAGAUCAAGGAAGAAAAAUGUGAAAGAAUUAAUGGUAAAUUCAAUCCUGAAACUUGUGAAUGUACAAAGGAAACAACAACUAAAGCUCCAACCACAACUCGAGAUGAGUCGACAGAUGAAACUGGUGAAUGUGAUGACAAGAUGAGAAAGAUCAAGGAAGAAAAAUGUGAAAGAAUUAAUGGUAAAUUCAAUCCUGAAACUUGUGAAUGCACAAAGGAAACAACAACUAAAGCUCCAACCACAACUCGAGAUGAGUCGACAGAAGAAACUGGUGAAUGUGAUGGCAAGAUGAGAAAGAUCAAGGAAGAAAAAUGUGAAAGAAUUAAUGGUAAAUUCAAUCCUGAAACUUGUGAAUGCACAAAGGAAACAACAACUAAAGCUCCAACCACAACUCGAGAUGAGUCGACAGAAGAAACUGGUGAAUGUGAUGACAAGAUGAGAAAGAUCAAGGAAGAAAAAUGUGAAAGAAUUAAUGGUAAAUUCAAUCCUGAAACUUGUGAAUGCACAAAGGAAACAACAACUAAAGCUCCAACUACAACUCGAGAUGAGUCGACAGAAGAAACUGGUGAAUGUGAUGACAGGAUGAGAAAGAUCAAGGAAGAAAAAUGUGAAAGAAUUAAUGGUAAAUUCAAUCCUGAAACUUGUGAAUGCACAAAAGAAACAACAACUAAAGCUCCAACUACAACUCGAGAUGAGUCGACAGAAGAAACUGGUGAAUGUGAUGACAAGAUGAGAAAGAUCAAGGAAGAAAAAUGUGAAAGAAUUAAUGGUAAAUUCAAUCCUGAAACUUGUGAAUGCACAAAGGAAACAACAACUAAAGCUCCAACCACAACUCGAGAUGAGUCGACAGAAGAAACUGGUGAAUGUGAUGACAAGAUGAGAAAGAUCAAGGAAGAAAAAUGUGAAAGAAUUAAUGGUAAAUUCAAUCCUGAAACUUGUGAAUGCACAAAGGAAACAACAACUAAAGUUCCAACCACAACUCGAGAUGAGUCGACAGAAGAAACUGGUGAAUGUGAUGACAAGAUGAGAAAGAUCAAGGAAGAAAAAUGUGAAAGAAUUAAUGGUAAAUUCAAUCCUGAAACUUGUGAAUGCACAAAGGAAACAACAACUAAAGUUCCAACCACAACUCGAGAUGAGUCGACAGAAGAAACUGGUGAAUGUGAUGACAAGAUGAGAAAGAUCAAGGAAGAAAAAUGUGAAAGAAUUAAUGGUAAAUUCAAUCCUGAAACUUGUGAAUGCACAAAAGAAACAACAACUAAAGCUCCAACCACAACUCGAGAUGAGUCGACAGAAGAAACUGGUGAAUGUGAUGACAAGAUGAGAAAGAUCAAAGAAGAAAAAUGUGAAAGAAUUAACGGUAAAUUCAAUCCUGAAACUUGUGAAUGCACAAAGGAAACAACAACUAAAGCUCCAACCACAACUCGAGAUGAGUCGACAGAAGAAACUGGUGAAUGUGAUGGCAAGAUGAGAAAGAUCAAGGAAGAAAAAUGUGAAAGAAUUAAUGGUAAAUUCAAUCCUGAAACUUGUGAAUGCACAAAGGAAACAACAACUAAAGCUCCAACCACAACUCGAGAUGAGUCGACAGAAGAAACUGGUGAAUGUGAUGACAAGAUGAGAAAGAUCAAGAAAGAAAAAUGUGAAAGAAUUAAUGGUAAAUUCAAUCCUGAAACUUGUGAAUGCACAAAGGAAACAACAACUAAAGCUCCAACUACAACUCGAGAUGAGUCGACAGAAGAAACUGGUGAAUGUGAUGACAGGAUGAGAAAGAUCAAGGAAGAAAAAUGUGAAAGAAUUAAUGGUAAAUUCAAUCCUGAAACUUGUGAAUGCACAAAGGAAACAACAACUAAAGCUCCAACCACAACUCGAGAUGAGUCGACAGAAGAAACUGGUGAAUGUGAUGACAAGAUGAGAAAGAUCAAGGAAGAAAAAUGUGAAAGAAUUAAUGGUAAAUUCAAUCCUGAAACUUGUGAAUGCACAAAGGAAACAACAACUAAAGCUCCAACCACAACUCGAGAUGAGUCGACAGAAGAAACUGGUGAAUGUGAUGACAAGAUGAGAAAGAUCAAGGAAGAAAAAUGUGAAAGAAUUAAUGGUAAAUUCAAUCCUGAAACUUGUGAAUGCACAAAGGAAACAACAACUAAAGCUCCAACCACAACUCGAGAUGAGUCGACAGAAGAAACUGGUGAAUGUGAUGACAAGAUGAGAAAGAUCAAGGAAGAAAAAUGUGAAAGAAUUAAUGGUAAAUUCAAUCCUGAAACUUGUGAAUGCACAAAGGAAACAACAACUAAAGCUCCAACCACAACUCGAGAUGAGUCGACAGAAGAAACUGGUGAAUGUGAUGACAAGAUGAGAAAGAUCAAGGAAGAAAAAUGUGAAAGAAUUAAUGGUAAAUUCAAUCCUGAAACUUGUGAAUGCACAAAGGAAACAACAACUAAAGCUCCAACCACAACUCGAGAUGAGUCGACAGAAGAAACUGGUGAAUGUGAUGACAAGAUGAGAAAGAUCAAGGAAGAAAAAUGUGAAAGAAUUAAUGGUAAAUUCAAUCCUGAAACUUGUGAAUGCACAAAGGAAACAACAACUAAAGCUCCAACCACAACUCGAGAUGAGUCGACAGAAGAAACUGGUGAAUGUGAUGACAAGAUGAGAAAGAUCAAGGAAGAAAAAUGUGAAAGAAUUAAUGGUAAAUUCAAUCCUGAAACUUGUGAAUGCACAAAGGAAACAACAACUAAAGCUCCAACCACAACUCGAGAUGAGUCGACAGAAGAAACUGGUGAAUGUGAUGACAAGAUGAGAAAGAUCAAGGAAGAAAAAUGUGAAAGAAUUAAUGGUAAAUUCAAUCCUGAAACUUGUGAAUGCACAAAGGAAACAACAACUAAAGCUCCAACCACAACUCGAGAUGAGUCGACAGAAGAAACUGGUGAAUGUGAUGACAAGAUGAGAAAGAUCAAGGAAGAAAAAUGUGAAAGAAUUAAUGGUAAAUUCAAUCCUGAAACUUGUGAAUGCACAAAGGAAACAACAACUAAAGCUCCAACCACAACUCGAGAUGAGUCGACAGAAGAAACUGGUGAAUGUGAUGACAAGAUGAGAAAGAUCAAGGAAGAAAAAUGUGAAAGAAUUAAUGGUAAAUUCAAUCCUGAAACUUGUGAAUGCACAAAGGAAACAACAACUAAAGCUCCAACCACAACUCGAGAUGAGUCGACAGAAGAAACUGGUGAAUGUGAUGACAAGAUGAGAAAGAUCAAGGAAGAAAAAUGUGAAAGAAUUAAUGGUAAAUUCAAUCCUGAAACUUGUGAAUGCACAAAGGAAACAACAACUAAAGCUCCAACCACAACUCGAGAUGAGUCGACAGAAGAAACUGGUGAAUGUGAUGACAAGAUGAGAAAGAUCAAGGAAGAAAAAUGUGAAAGAAUUAAUGGUAAAUUCAAUCCUGAAACUUGUGAAUGCACAAAGGAAACAACAACUAAAGCUCCAACCACAACUCGAGAUGAGUCGACAGAAGAAACUGGUGAAUGUGAUGACAAGAUGAGAAAGAUCAAGGAAGAAAAAUGUGAAAGAAUUAAUGGUAAAUUCAAUCCUGAAACUUGUGAAUGCACAAAGGAAACAACAACUAAAGCUCCAACCACAACUCGAGAUGAGUCGACAGAAGAAACUGGUGAAUGUGAUGACAAGAUGAGAAAGAUCAAGGAAGAAAAAUGUGAAAGAAUUAAUGGUAAAUUCAAUCCUGAAACUUGUGAAUGCACAAAGGAAACAACAACUAAAGCUCCAACCACAACUCGAGAUGAGUCGACAGAAGAAACUGGUGAAUGUGAUGACAAGAUGAGAAAGAUCAAGGAAGAAAAAUGUGAAAGAAUUAAUGGUAAAUUCAAUCCUGAAACUUGUGAAUGCACAAAGGAAACAACAACUAAAGCUCCAACCACAACUCGAGAUGAGUCGACAGAAGAAACUGGUGAAUGUGAUGACAAGAUGAGAAAGAUCAAGGAAGAAAAAUGUGAAAGAAUUAAUGGUAAAUUCAAUCCUGAAACUUGUGAAUGCACAAAGGAAACAACAACUAAAGCUCCAACCACAACUCGAGAUGAGUCGACAGAAGAAACUGGUGAAUGUGAUGACAAGAUGAGAAAGAUCAAGGAAGAAAAAUGUGAAAGAAUUAAUGGUAAAUUCAAUCCUGAAACUUGUGAAUGCACAAAGGAAACAACAACUAAAGCUCCAACCACAACUCGAGAUGAGUCGACAGAAGAAACUGGUGAAUGUGAUGACAAGAUGAGAAAGAUCAAGGAAGAAAAAUGUGAAAGAAUUAAUGGUAAAUUCAAUCCUGAAACUUGUGAAUGCACAAAGGAAACAACAACUAAAGCUCCAACCACAACUCGAGAUGAGUCGACAGAAGAAACUGGUGAAUGUGAUGACAAGAUGAGAAAGAUCAAGGAAGAAAAAUGUGAAAGAAUUAAUGGUAAAUUCAAUCCUGAAACUUGUGAAUGCACAAAGGAAACAACAACUAAAGCUCCAACCACAACUCGAGAUGAGUCGACAGAAGAAACUGGUGAAUGUGAUGACAAGAUGAGAAAGAUCAAGGAAGAAAAAUGUGAAAGAAUUAAUGGUAAAUUCAAUCCUGAAACUUGUGAAUGCACAAAGGAAACAACAACUAAAGCUCCAACCACAACUCGAGAUGAGUCGACAGAAGAAACUGGUGAAUGUGAUGACAAGAUGAGAAAGAUCAAGGAAGAAAAAUGUGAAAGAAUUAAUGGUAAAUUCAAUCCUGAAACUUGUGAAUGCACAAAGGAAACAACAACUAAAGCUCCAACCACAACUCGAGAUGAGUCGACAGAAGAAACUGGUGAAUGUGAUGACAAGAUGAGAAAGAUCAAGGAAGAAAAAUGUGAAAGAAUUAAUGGUAAAUUCAAUCCUGAAACUUGUGAAUGCACAAAGGAAACAACAACUAAAGCUCCAACCACAACUCGAGAUGAGUCGACAGAAGAAACUGGUGAAUGUGAUGACAAGAUGAGAAAGAUCAAGGAAGAAAAAUGUGAAAGAAUUAAUGGUAAAUUCAAUCCUGAAACUUGUGAAUGCACAAAGGAAACAACAACUAAAGCUCCAACCACAACUCGAGAUGAGUCGACAGAAGAAACUGGUGAAUGUGAUGACAAGAUGAGAAAGAUCAAGGAAGAAAAAUGUGAAAGAAUUAAUGGUAAAUUCAAUCCUGAAACUUGUGAAUGCACAAAGGAAACAACAACUAAAGCUCCAACCACAACUCGAGAUGAGUCGACAGAAGAAACUGGUGAAUGUGAUGACAAGAUGAGAAAGAUCAAGGAAGAAAAAUGUGAAAGAAUUAAUGGUAAAUUCAAUCCUGAAACUUGUGAAUGCACAAAGGAAACAACAACUAAAGCUCCAACCACAACUCGAGAUGAGUCGACAGAAGAAACUGGUGAAUGUGAUGACAAGAUGAGAAAGAUCAAGGAAGAAAAAUGUGAAAGAAUUAAUGGUAAAUUCAAUCCUGAAACUUGUGAAUGCACAAAGGAAACAACAACUAAAGCUCCAACCACAACUCGAGAUGAGUCGACAGAAGAAACUGGUGAAUGUGAUGACAAGAUGAGAAAGAUCAAGGAAGAAAAAUGUGAAAGAAUUAAUGGUAAAUUCAAUCCUGAAACUUGUGAAUGCACAAAGGAAACAACAACUAAAGCUCCAACCACAACUCGAGAUGAGUCGACAGAAGAAACUGGUGAAUGUGAUGACAAGAUGAGAAAGAUCAAGGAAGAAAAAUGUGAAAGAAUUAAUGGUAAAUUCAAUCCUGAAACUUGUGAAUGCACAAAGGAAACAACAACUAAAGCUCCAACCACAACUCGAGAUGAGUCGACAGAAGAAACUGGUGAAUGUGAUGACAAGAUGAGAAAGAUCAAGGAAGAAAAAUGUGAAAGAAUUAAUGGUAAAUUCAAUCCUGAAACUUGUGAAUGCACAAAGGAAACAACAACUAAAGCUCCAACCACAACUCGAGAUGAGUCGACAGAAGAAACUGGUGAAUGUGAUGACAAGAUGAGAAAGAUCAAGGAAGAAAAAUGUGAAAGAAUUAAUGGUAAAUUCAAUCCUGAAACUUGUGAAUGCACAAAGGAAACAACAACUAAAGCUCCAACCACAACUCGAGAUGAGUCGACAGAAGAAACUGGUGAAUGUGAUGACAAGAUGAGAAAGAUCAAGGAAGAAAAAUGUGAAAGAAUUAAUGGUAAAUUCAAUCCUGAAACUUGUGAAUGCACAAAGGAAACAACAACUAAAGCUCCAACCACAACUCGAGAUGAGUCGACAGAAGAAACUGGUGAAUGUGAUGACAAGAUGAGAAAGAUCAAGGAAGAAAAAUGUGAAAGAAUUAAUGGUAAAUUCAAUCCUGAAACUUGUGAAUGCACAAAGGAAACAACAACUAAAGCUCCAACCACAACUCGAGAUGAGUCGACAGAAGAAACUGGUGAAUGUGAUGACAAGAUGAGAAAGAUCAAGGAAGAAAAAUGUGAAAGAAUUAAUGGUAAAUUCAAUCCUGAAACUUGUGAAUGCACAAAGGAAACAACAACUAAAGCUCCAACCACAACUCGAGAUGAGUCGACAGAAGAAACUGGUGAAUGUGAUGACAAGAUGAGAAAGAUCAAGGAAGAAAAAUGUGAAAGAAUUAAUGGUAAAUUCAAUCCUGAAACUUGUGAAUGCACAAAGGAAACAACAACUAAAGCUCCAACCACAACUCGAGAUGAGUCGACAGAAGAAACUGGUGAAUGUGAUGACAAGAUGAGAAAGAUCAAGGAAGAAAAAUGUGAAAGAAUUAAUGGUAAAUUCAAUCCUGAAACUUGUGAAUGCACAAAGGAAACAACAACUAAAGCUCCAACCACAACUCGAGAUGAGUCGACAGAAGAAACUGGUGAAUGUGAUGACAAGAUGAGAAAGAUCAAGGAAGAAAAAUGUGAAAGAAUUAAUGGUAAAUUCAAUCCUGAAACUUGUGAAUGCACAAAGGAAACAACAACUAAAGCUCCAACCACAACUCGAGAUGAGUCGACAGAAGAAACUGGUGAAUGUGAUGACAAGAUGAGAAAGAUCAAGGAAGAAAAAUGUGAAAGAAUUAAUGGUAAAUUCAAUCCUGAAACUUGUGAAUGCACAAAGGAAACAACAACUAAAGCUCCAACCACAACUCGAGAUGAGUCGACAGAAGAAACUGGUGAAUGUGAUGACAAGAUGAGAAAGAUCAAGGAAGAAAAAUGUGAAAGAAUUAAUGGUAAAUUCAAUCCUGAAACUUGUGAAUGCACAAAGGAAACAACAACUAAAGCUCCAACCACAACUCGAGAUGAGUCGACAGAAGAAACUGGUGAAUGUGAUGACAAGAUGAGAAAGAUCAAGGAAGAAAAAUGUGAAAGAAUUAAUGGUAAAUUCAAUCCUGAAACUUGUGAAUGCACAAAGGAAACAACAACUAAAGCUCCAACCACAACUCGAGAUGAGUCGACAGAAGAAACUGGUGAAUGUGAUGACAAGAUGAGAAAGAUCAAGGAAGAAAAAUGUGAAAGAAUUAAUGGUAAAUUCAAUCCUGAAACUUGUGAAUGCACAAAGGAAACAACAACUAAAGCUCCAACCACAACUCGAGAUGAGUCGACAGAAGAAACUGGUGAAUGUGAUGACAAGAUGAGAAAGAUCAAGGAAGAAAAAUGUGAAAGAAUUAAUGGUAAAUUCAAUCCUGAAACUUGUGAAUGCACAAAGGAAACAACAACUAAAGCUCCAACCACAACUCGAGAUGAGUCGACAGAAGAAACUGGUGAAUGUGAUGACAAGAUGAGAAAGAUCAAGGAAGAAAAAUGUGAAAGAAUUAAUGGUAAAUUCAAUCCUGAAACUUGUGAAUGCACAAAGGAAACAACAACUAAAGCUCCAACCACAACUCGAGAUGAGUCGACAGAAGAAACUGGUGAAUGUGAUGACAAGAUGAGAAAGAUCAAGGAAGAAAAAUGUGAAAGAAUUAAUGGUAAAUUCAAUCCUGAAACUUGUGAAUGCACAAAGGAAACAACAACUAAAGCUCCAACCACAACUCGAGAUGAGUCGACAGAAGAAACUGGUGAAUGUGAUGACAAGAUGAGAAAGAUCAAGGAAGAAAAAUGUGAAAGAAUUAAUGGUAAAUUCAAUCCUGAAACUUGUGAAUGCACAAAGGAAACAACAACUAAAGCUCCAACCACAACUCGAGAUGAGUCGACAGAAGAAACUGGUGAAUGUGAUGACAAGAUGAGAAAGAUCAAGGAAGAAAAAUGUGAAAGAAUUAAUGGUAAAUUCAAUCCUGAAACUUGUGAAUGCACAAAGGAAACAACAACUAAAGCUCCAACCACAACUCGAGAUGAGUCGACAGAAGAAACUGGUGAAUGUGAUGACAAGAUGAGAAAGAUCAAGGAAGAAAAAUGUGAAAGAAUUAAUGGUAAAUUCAAUCCUGAAACUUGUGAAUGCACAAAGGAAACAACAACUAAAGCUCCAACCACAACUCGAGAUGAGUCGACAGAAGAAACUGGUGAAUGUGAUGACAAGAUGAGAAAGAUCAAGGAAGAAAAAUGUGAAAGAAUUAAUGGUAAAUUCAAUCCUGAAACUUGUGAAUGCACAAAGGAAACAACAACUAAAGCUCCAACCACAACUCGAGAUGAGUCGACAGAAGAAACUGGUGAAUGUGAUGACAAGAUGAGAAAGAUCAAGGAAGAAAAAUGUGAAAGAAUUAAUGGUAAAUUCAAUCCUGAAACUUGUGAAUGCACAAAGGAAACAACAACUAAAGCUCCAACUACAACUCGAGAUGAGUCGACAGAAGAAACUGGUGAAUGUGAUGACAAGAUGAGAAAGAUCAAGGAAGAAAAAUGUGAAAGAAUUAAUGGUAAAUUCAAUCCUGAAACUUGUGAAUGCACAAAGGAAACAACAACUAAAGCUCCAACCACAACUCGAGAUGAGUCGACAGAAGAAACUGGUGAAUGUGAUGACAAGAUGAGAAAGAUCAAGGAAGAAAAAUGUGAAAGAAUUAAUGGUAAAUUCAAUCCUGAAACUUGUGAAUGCACAAAGGAAACAACAACUAAAGCUCCAACCACAACUCGAGAUGAGUCGACAGAAGAAACUGGUGAAUGUGAUGACAAGAUGAGAAAGAUCAAGGAAGAAAAAUGUGAAAGAAUUAAUGGUAAAUUCAAUCCUGAAACUUGUGAAUGCACAAAGGAAACAACAACUAAAGCUCCAACCACAACUCGAGAUGAGUCGACAGAAGAAACUGGUGAAUGUGAUGACAAGAUGAGAAAGAUCAAGGAAGAAAAAUGUGAAAGAAUUAAUGGUAAAUUCAAUCCUGAAACUUGUGAAUGCACAAAGGAAACAACAACUAAAGCUCCAACCACAACUCGAGAUGAGUCGACAGAAGAAACUGGUGAAUGUGAUGACAAGAUGAGAAAGAUCAAGGAAGAAAAAUGUGAAAGAAUUAAUGGUAAAUUCAAUCCUGAAACUUGUGAAUGCACAAAGGAAACAACAACUAAAGCUCCAACCACAACUCGAGAUGAGUCGACAGAAGAAACUGGUGAAUGUGAUGACAAGAUGAGAAAGAUCAAGGAAGAAAAAUGUGAAAGAAUUAAUGGUAAAUUCAAUCCUGAAACUUGUGAAUGCACAAAGGAAACAACAACUAAAGCUCCAACCACAACUCGAGAUGAGUCGACAGAAGAAACUGGUGAAUGUGAUGACAAGAUGAGAAAGAUCAAGGAAGAAAAAUGUGAAAGAAUUAAUGGUAAAUUCAAUCCUGAAACUUGUGAAUGCACAAAGGAAACAACAACUAAAGCUCCAACCACAACUCGAGAUGAGUCGACAGAAGAAACUGGUGAAUGUGAUGACAAGAUGAGAAAGAUCAAGGAAGAAAAAUGUGAAAGAAUUAAUGGUAAAUUCAAUCCUGAAACUUGUGAAUGCACAAAGGAAACAACAACUAAAGCUCCAACCACAACUCGAGAUGAGUCGACAGAAGAAACUGGUGAAUGUGAUGACAAGAUGAGAAAGAUCAAGGAAGAAAAAUGUGAAAGAAUUAAUGGUAAAUUCAAUCCUGAAACUUGUGAAUGCACAAAGGAAACAACAACUAAAGCUCCAACCACAACUCGAGAUGAGUCGACAGAAGAAACUGGUGAAUGUGAUGACAAGAUGAGAAAGAUCAAGGAAGAAAAAUGUGAAAGAAUUAAUGGUAAAUUCAAUCCUGAAACUUGUGAAUGCACAAAGGAAACAACAACUAAAGCUCCAACCACAACUCGAGAUGAGUCGACAGAAGAAACUGGUGAAUGUGAUGACAAGAUGAGAAAGAUCAAGGAAGAAAAAUGUGAAAGAAUUAAUGGUAAAUUCAAUCCUGAAACUUGUGAAUGCACAAAGGAAACAACAACUAAAGCUCCAACCACAACUCGAGAUGAGUCGACAGAAGAAACUGGUGAAUGUGAUGACAAGAUGAGAAAGAUCAAGGAAGAAAAAUGUGAAAGAAUUAAUGGUAAAUUCAAUCCUGAAACUUGUGAAUGCACAAAGGAAACAACAACUAAAGCUCCAACCACAACUCGAGAUGAGUCGACAGAAGAAACUGGUGAAUGUGAUGACAAGAUGAGAAAGAUCAAGGAAGAAAAAUGUGAAAGAAUUAAUGGUAAAUUCAAUCCUGAAACUUGUGAAUGCACAAAGGAAACAACAACUAAAGCUCCAACCACAACUCGAGAUGAGUCGACAGAAGAAACUGGUGAAUGUGAUGACAAGAUGAGAAAGAUCAAGGAAGAAAAAUGUGAAAGAAUUAAUGGUAAAUUCAAUCCUGAAACUUGUGAAUGCACAAAGGAAACAACAACUAAAGCUCCAACCACAACUCGAGAUGAGUCGACAGAAGAAACUGGUGAAUGUGAUGACAAGAUGAGAAAGAUCAAGGAAGAAAAAUGUGAAAGAAUUAAUGGUAAAUUCAAUCCUGAAACUUGUGAAUGCACAAAGGAAACAACAACUAAAGCUCCAACCACAACUCGAGAUGAGUCGACAGAAGAAACUGGUGAAUGUGAUGACAAGAUGAGAAAGAUCAAGGAAGAAAAAUGUGAAAGAAUUAAUGGUAAAUUCAAUCCUGAAACUUGUGAAUGCACAAAGGAAACAACAACUAAAGCUCCAACCACAACUCGAGAUGAGUCGACAGAAGAAACUGGUGAAUGUGAUGACAAGAUGAGAAAGAUCAAGGAAGAAAAAUGUGAAAGAAUUAAUGGUAAAUUCAAUCCUGAAACUUGUGAAUGCACAAAGGAAACAACAACUAAAGCUCCAACCACAACUCGAGAUGAGUCGACAGAAGAAACUGGUGAAUGUGAUGACAAGAUGAGAAAGAUCAAGGAAGAAAAAUGUGAAAGAAUUAAUGGUAAAUUCAAUCCUGAAACUUGUGAAUGCACAAAGGAAACAACAACUAAAGCUCCAACCACAACUCGAGAUGAGUCGACAGAAGAAACUGGUGAAUGUGAUGACAAGAUGAGAAAGAUCAAGGAAGAAAAAUGUGAAAGAAUUAAUGGUAAAUUCAAUCCUGAAACUUGUGAAUGCACAAAGGAAACAACAACUAAAGCUCCAACCACAACUCGAGAUGAGUCGACAGAAGAAACUGGUGAAUGUGAUGACAAGAUGAGAAAGAUCAAGGAAGAAAAAUGUGAAAGAAUUAAUGGUAAAUUCAAUCCUGAAACUUGUGAAUGCACAAAGGAAACAACAACUAAAGCUCCAACCACAACUCGAGAUGAGUCGACAGAAGAAACUGGUGAAUGUGAUGACAAGAUGAGAAAGAUCAAGGAAGAAAAAUGUGAAAGAAUUAAUGGUAAAUUCAAUCCUGAAACUUGUGAAUGCACAAAGGAAACAACAACUAAAGCUCCAACCACAACUCGAGAUGAGUCGACAGAAGAAACUGGUGAAUGUGAUGACAAGAUGAGAAAGAUCAAGGAAGAAAAAUGUGAAAGAAUUAAUGGUAAAUUCAAUCCUGAAACUUGUGAAUGCACAAAGGAAACAACAACUAAAGCUCCAACCACAACUCGAGAUGAGUCGACAGAAGAAACUGGUGAAUGUGAUGACAAGAUGAGAAAGAUCAAGGAAGAAAAAUGUGAAAGAAUUAAUGGUAAAUUCAAUCCUGAAACUUGUGAAUGCACAAAGGAAACAACAACUAAAGCUCCAACCACAACUCGAGAUGAGUCGACAGAAGAAACUGGUGAAUGUGAUGACAAGAUGAGAAAGAUCAAGGAAGAAAAAUGUGAAAGAAUUAAUGGUAAAUUCAAUCCUGAAACUUGUGAAUGCACAAAGGAAACAACAACUAAAGCUCCAACCACAACUCGAGAUGAGUCGACAGAAGAAACUGGUGAAUGUGAUGACAAGAUGAGAAAGAUCAAGGAAGAAAAAUGUGAAAGAAUUAAUGGUAAAUUCAAUCCUGAAACUUGUGAAUGCACAAAGGAAACAACAACUAAAGCUCCAACCACAACUCGAGAUGAGUCGACAGAAGAAACUGGUGAAUGUGAUGACAAGAUGAGAAAGAUCAAGGAAGAAAAAUGUGAAAGAAUUAAUGGUAAAUUCAAUCCUGAAACUUGUGAAUGCACAAAGGAAACAACAACUAAAGCUCCAACCACAACUCGAGAUGAGUCGACAGAAGAAACUGGUGAAUGUGAUGACAAGAUGAGAAAGAUCAAGGAAGAAAAAUGUGAAAGAAUUAAUGGUAAAUUCAAUCCUGAAACUUGUGAAUGCACAAAGGAAACAACAACUAAAGCUCCAACCACAACUCGAGAUGAGUCGACAGAAGAAACUGGUGAAUGUGAUGACAAGAUGAGAAAGAUCAAGGAAGAAAAAUGUGAAAGAAUUAAUGGUAAAUUCAAUCCUGAAACUUGUGAAUGCACAAAGGAAACAACAACUAAAGCUCCAACCACAACUCGAGAUGAGUCGACAGAAGAAACUGGUGAAUGUGAUGACAAGAUGAGAAAGAUCAAGGAAGAAAAAUGUGAAAGAAUUAAUGGUAAAUUCAAUCCUGAAACUUGUGAAUGCACAAAGGAAACAACAACUAAAGCUCCAACCACAACUCGAGAUGAGUCGACAGAAGAAACUGGUGAAUGUGAUGACAAGAUGAGAAAGAUCAAGGAAGAAAAAUGUGAAAGAAUUAAUGGUAAAUUCAAUCCUGAAACUUGUGAAUGCACAAAGGAAACAACAACUAAAGCUCCAACCACAACUCGAGAUGAGUCGACAGAAGAAACUGGUGAAUGUGAUGACAAGAUGAGAAAGAUCAAGGAAGAAAAAUGUGAAAGAGUUAAUGGUAAAUUCAAUCCUGAAACUUGUGAAUGCACAAAGGAAACAACAACUAAAGUUCCAACCACAACUCGAGAUGAGUCGACAGAAGAAACUGGUGAAUGUGAUGACAAGAUGAGAAAGAUCAAGGAAGAAAAAUGUGAAAGAAUUAAUGGUAAAUUCAAUCCUGAAACUUGUGAAUGCACAAAGGAAACAACAACUAAAGCUCCAACCACAACUCGAGAUGAGUCGACAGAAGAAACUGGUGAAUGUGAUGACAAGAUGAGAAAGAUCAAGGAAGAAAAAUGUGAAAGAAUUAAUGGUAAAUUCAAUCCUGAAACUUGUGAAUGCACAAAGGAAACAACAACUAAAGCUCCAACCACAACUCGAGAUGAGUCGACAGAAGAAACUGGUGAAUGUGAUGACAAGAUGAGAAAGAUCAAGGAAGAAAAAUGUGAAAGAAUUAAUGGUAAAUUCAAUCCUGAAACUUGUGAAUGCACAAAGGAAACAACAACUAAAGCUCCAACCACAACUCGAGAUGAGUCGACAGAAGAAACUGGUGAAUGUGAUGACAAGAUGAGAAAGAUCAAGGAAGAAAAAUGUGAAAGAAUUAAUGGUAAAUUCAAUCCUGAAACUUGUGAAUGCACAAAGGAAACAACAACUAAAGCUCCAACCACAACUCGAGAUGAGUCGACAGAAGAAACUGGUGAAUGUGAUGACAAGAUGAGAAAGAUCAAGGAAGAAAAAUGUGAAAGAAUUAAUGGUAAAUUCAAUCCUGAAACUUGUGAAUGCACAAAGGAAACAACAACUAAAGCUCCAACCACAACUCGAGAUGAGUCGACAGAAGAAACUGGUGAAUGUGAUGACAAGAUGAGAAAGAUCAAGGAAGAAAAAUGUGAAAGAAUUAAUGGUAAAUUCAAUCCUGAAACUUGUGAAUGCACAAAGGAAACAACAACUAAAGCUCCAACCACAACUCGAGAUGAGUCGACAGAAGAAACUGGUGAAUGUGAUGGCAAGAUGAGAAAGAUCAAGGAAGAAAAAUGUGAAAGAAUUAAUGGUAAAUUCAAUCCUGAAACUUGUGAAUGCACAAAGGAAACAACAACUAAAGCUCCAACCACAACUCGAGAUGAGUCGACAGAAGAAACUGGUGAAUGUGAUGACAAGAUGAGAAAGAUCAAGGAAGAAAAAUGUGAAAGAAUUAAUGGUAAAUUCAAUCCUGAAACUUGUGAAUGCACAAAGGAAACAACAACUAAAGCUCCAACCACAACUCGAGAUGAGUCGACAGAAGAAACUGGUGAAUGUGAUGACAAGAUGAGAAAGAUCAAGGAAGAAAAAUGUGAAAGAAUUAAUGGUAAAUUCAAUCCUGAAACUUGUGAAUGCACAAAGGAAACAACAACUAAAGUUCCAACCACAACUCGAGAUGAGUCGACAGAAGAAACUGGUGAAUGUGAUGACAAGAUGAGAAAGAUCAAGGAAGAAAAAUGUGAAAGAAUUAAUGGUAAAUUCAAUCCUGAAACUUGUGAAUGCACAAAGGAAACAACAACUAAAGCUCCAACCACAACUCGAGAUGAGUCGACAGAAGAAACUGGUGAAUGUGAUGACAAGAUGAGAAAGAUCAAGGAAGAAAAAUGUGAAAGAAUUAAUGGUAAAUUCAAUCCUGAAACUUGUGAAUGCACAAAGGAAACAACAACUAAAGCUCCAACCACAACUCGAGAUGAGUCGACAGAAGAAACUGGUGAAUGUGAUGACAAGAUGAGAAAGAUCAAGGAAGAAAAAUGUGAAAGAAUUAAUGGUAAAUUCAAUCCUGAAACUUGUGAAUGCACAAAGGAAACAACAACUGAAGGACCUACAACUUGUGUCGAAUCUAGUGAAAGCCAUGAGUCGACUUUAACUGAAGGACCUACAACUUGUGUCGAAUCUAGUGAAAGCCAUGAGUCGACUUUAACUGAAGGACCUACAACUUGUGUUGAUUCUAGUGAGAGUAAGGAGACUCCAGAACCAGCUAUUUGCGAUGGUGAAAUGAGAGUUAAAGAAUCUAAAAAGUGUGAUGAAAUAGGCGGCAAGUUUAAUCCUGAAAACUGUAAAUGCACUAAAGAACCUGUUACGGAGGGACCAACAACUUGUAUCGAAUCAAGCGAAAGCAAUGAGGAAGUUACCACAAAGAAACAAUGUGACUGUACUUGUUCACCAGAUUGCAAACGUCGUAAGAUGAUCAUUGAUGUAUUGCUCAAAUACUUCUACCGUGAUGUCUACGACCAAGAUUGCUGCAAGAAGAACUGCAAUUGCGAUGGCGCCAAAUUCCCAGAAUGCGAUGAAUCAAACAGCAAAAAGACUGGAACUUUUGAUAUUUUGGCUAAGCUCUUCAAACCACAAGGUGGAGAUUUUGAAGCUGGCAGUGUUGAAGUUGAUGGCAAAAAAUUGACAUCCGAGAAAAAAGAGAAGUUUGGCAAAGCACUCCAAGAUGCCGUCAAGGGCUUGGAAGAUGUCUUAAACUCCUAA